AUGUGCAUUGACUUUGUGAUGGCACCCCGGAAGAAGAAAGACGAGAAAGAAACCCCAGCCAGUGCGUUCGCUACCAAGGUCUUGAAGGAGAUGCAUGACCGAAAGAAAAUUGAAGCACGGGCAGCAGGAAAACAAAUUGUUUACCAUGCCAUCCAGCAAGUCGAAGCAGGAGUUGAUGCUACAAACAGUAAUGGCCAUCAUGGUCAGCCAAACGAAGACUUACAGGGGAAAACAUCCGCAUUGAAAACCCGGGAGAAGGAGCUUCGUGAAAGACUGGCUGCGCUGAAUGCAAUUGUCCCUAUCGCUGUGCUUCGUCAGCAGAUAGCCGGUCUCGACGAGGCCAAAGCAUCCUUGAUUUCUGAAAUCUCCAAUCUUUCAGCAGAAGCAUCAUCAGAUGAGGCUAAUCGUGUCUGCAAGGAAGAUAUUGACCGCAUUGAUCAGGAAUGGGGGAAAUGGAAUCACCAGGUUGUAUCUCGCAAAAGGAUUUUCUUGGAGUUCUGGGCUAAAUGCACAGAAGUAUUGCCGCCCGAUACAACUCAGGCAGAAAUGAAGGUUAGUCGAGUGAUUAUUAAAUCCAGCCUCCAGCCAUCUUCUUCACAAUUCUCUUCUCAUCGGAAGAGGCAGAGAGAAAAAGGAAAAGGAAGAAGCGAGAAGAGCUGCAAAAAAAAUCCCAUCUCCACCACUUUAACCCAGUUUGGGUCUUUUUUUGCCCCUCGCCUUUUUAUCUCCACCCGAACGGACUUCUUUUCUCGCUCUCCUCCUUCGCCAAUGAGCCAAUCUCACCAACACCACCAGCACUUCCCGCCGUCUCUUACCUUCGAGGAACAAGGAGCUUCCCUUUCGCACGGGCCCCCAGCCCUUUCGCACAUAUAUUACCAUAAUCCCUCCUCCGGUGGUCCUGGUGAGAUGAGAACGCGCAACACUGCCGCUGCCGCUGCAGUUGGCCAGAACAAUAAUACUUCGACGACUCCUACUCCUACGACACCAAACGGCCAUGGCCAUGCUCAUGCUCGGAACCUCUCCGGGGCUGCGCCGUUUGAGAUGACUGCUCGCAGUCCUCCAAACACCAGUGCUGCCGCAAAGAGUACCUUUUUCCUUCUUCCUCGUCCUCGGCUUGGAAAUUGUAAAUUCGGCGCCAAGUGCGCUUUGGCACAUAUACUUCCGGAUGGUCGGCGUGUGAACAGGCCCAAUUACGGACCAGGAGGAGGGGGAGGAGGCAGUCAUUUGAAUUUGGGUGGCCGUGUGAAUCCUCAGGCCUUUCAAAGUCAGGACUCGGCACUCACAAACUCGGUCUUGUCGCAGCAACGAUUGAAUGGGCAAGAUGCUCGAUACGCUUAUCAAUAUGCCGGAGGCCAAGACGACCUGUUGGGAGUUCAGCCCCAUCAUCACCAACAACAGCAGCAACAGGCAAUGGAUGGACUCGGACUGUCUACGUCGGAAACCCCUCUUGUUUCGGAUUCGAAAUACGGCUCGCCCGUGGACGACGGUCGAUUACCGACUUCACCCCCCGCAGCGUUGACUCUUCGUGACGUACAACUCCCGGCUUCGUUUGAUAGCCAGGGUAUAUCCCAUGUGGCGCGAUAUGGUCCGGUGGCCGCCUCGGUGCCUUCGCAAUUUGGUCUCGACCUGGCUUCACCGCCAACGCACAGAGCGCCCUCCGACGCCUUGAGGAGCCUUCGUGACACCGCAUUUGGGUCUGAUAUACGGAAACCGACAUCGAAUUUUGGCUCUUCCCCGCCUGCUAUUCUCGAGGACUCCAUUGGGUCGCGUUUUCUUCAUUCCCAGCGGAUGGUGCCUCGCUCAAAAGUGCUGUCAGCUAGCGUUCCCCGUCCGAGUAUGCUGGAUGACUGGGAUGACAAUUUUGCCAUGGAAGAGGACUAUCUCCCAGGCAAUCUUCACGACGAUGUCCUCACACCUCAGGAGAAAAUGAGGAGGCUCUCCCGAACAGAGCAUGAAUUAAGCAGCAGCCAAAGGGAUUUCGGUGCAUUUGGCAGCAUGACAGGCACAAGUGCCAACAAAGUCGGGUCGCCGCUGGCAUCCAGUCCCUCAAGAUUUGGCGCAUUGUUUGCACGACAACGGCAGAAGAAAGAGGAGGAGGCGCUUGUUGGUGGUGGAAGUGGCACUGCAGCUUCGUCCCUUAAUCACGUCGGAUCCCCACUGCGCGAGUCCUCGCUUCAUUUCAUGUCGAGUCCAAAUCUGCGUCCAAUCGGCAGUCGACCCACGUCAGGAGAUAUUUCGCCAUUUGUAUCUAGCCCCACGAAUCGUCAUCAGUCUUCGAUGUCUAUGAUAUCGCAACAACUUCAUAACAUGUCGCUUCCGACAACAGGUUCUACACGACAACAGCAACCAUCUCCUUCCAGUAACAAUUACUCCUCAUCAAGCACUACUCGAUUCGACCGCAUCCCUGCAACAUCGCCCAUGACAUACGCCACAAGCCGCAUUGACGAAGAAGAGCAGAGCGAUCUCGUAUUCUCCAUGGAAGAGGAAGAAAGCAACAAACGGAAUAGCGUUGUAUGGAAUAAUCACCAGUCAUUCAACCACAACAAUAACGACGACAGCGGCAGCAAACCUACAUCACCCUCCUCGUCGACCACCACUAAAGAGACGCCUAUUCUAUCGACGACAGCCCUUGAAUAUCAAUCAUAG